AGAAGUUUUCCACGGGCAGGAUCUGUGUUGAUGGGGUGUUGAGGACGUUAAAGCUCAAAUACCCUGUGUUCCCACGUUUCGCAGUCAGGAUAACGGAUUUGUGUCGAUUUCUCAUCUACAGCACGUUUUCCUCCGGGAGAGAUGAGCUUUUUGUUUGGAAGCCGCUCGUCAAAGACGUUCAAGCCGAAGAAGAACAUUCCAGAGGGCUCACACCAGUACGAGCUGCUGAAACAUGCAGAGGCCACGCUGGGCAGCGGAAACCUGCGCAUGGCCGUCAUGCUGCCCGAUGGAGAGGACCUUAAUGAAUGGGUGGCAGUCAAUACUGUGGACUUCUUUAACCAGAUCAACAUGCUGUAUGGGACCAUCACAGACUUCUGCACUGAGGAAAGCUGCCCAUUAAUGUCUGCUGGACCUAAAUAUGAAUAUCACUGGGCUGAUGGAACAAACAUAAAAAAGCCAAUUAAAUGUUCAGCUCCAAAGUACAUUGAUUACCUGAUGACUUGGGUCCAGGAUCAGCUUGAUGACGAGACACUUUUCCCAUCAAAAAUAGGUGUCCCUUUCCCAAAGAACUUCAUGUCGGUGGCCAAGACCAUUUUGAAGAGACUCUUCCGUGUUUAUGCUCACAUAUACCACCAGCACUUUGAGUCAGUUAUCCAGCUGCAGGAAGAGGCACACCUCAACACCUCAUUCAAGCACUUUAUCUUCUUCGUUCAGGAGUUUAAUUUGAUUGACCGAAAAGAGCUUGCACCCCUUCAGGAGCUGAUUGAGAAGCUCACGUCCAAGGACAGAUAAACUGCUCCUCCAGUCAGCAUCUUCUCUCAUUUCUCUGUACAGGCAGCCUGGCUUUGUUCUCUCUGUGUUUGACAGGUGUGUGGGAACGUUUUCCUUCAAGAGUUAGAAAAGGCUGAGUCCAAAAACAACCCUUGAUAAGCCACAGCUCCACCAUAGGUCAUGGUCAUAGUGGAAUUAAACUGCAGCCCUUUUGACGUCGUCUCAAACACGAUCUAAGUGCCUGAUAUGUCCACUUUCCAAAUUGCUAUCCUUUGUAUAAAAAGCACUACCACUGCUAUUGAAACUUCUUUAUGAUUAUGCUAUUGACAUUUUUUUCCUAGGGGUACGUUAAUAAUUAGUGGUAUGUUAGCUGUUUUUCCUCUUAAUGGAUUUAUUUAGAAGGUCAUAGAUUGAAAAUGAAUGGAGCAAUCACAGAUUUUUCUCAGAAACGAAGAUAAAGAAAGUCUUGGCUUCUUCUAAGCACUCGUUUUAGCUGCUCCCAGUGUCUUAUGACAUGUCGGGAUUUCCGUUAUCCUUUUCUGUAGUUGAAAUGCUUUGUUUACUUCAGAUUAUAUCCAGCCUCUCACUCAUUACAGUAGAACAUUAUGUUCACACUUUGCCAGCCAACACUUUACACUACAGUACAUUUACUUUUGAAGGAGUGCUUUUGUUGGUGAGCCAGUUUUCACAGAUUCAUUCCCAGAGUUCAAGGGUUUGUCUGUUGGAAGCUGGGAUGAAAUAAGCUGACUAUGCAAGAUCUGUUUGUCCUAUUUGAUCAUCCUUUCAUACACUAUAAAAUACAACAAGCUUUUACAUUCACUUUUAAUUGCAUAAACAACAUUAAACGCAAUAAAUAUAAUAUAUUUUUCACCCUUAUAUCUUAACUUAGCCCCUCCAAAUCUGUUUUGGUGUGUUUCAAAGAUCCAGGAAAACAGUUAAAGAUACAUUGAAUGCAUGUUGAACAAGAUCUGUGAUAGAUUCAAUAAUAGCUUCCUCUUAUUCAACACAUAGCAGCUUUAUUGAAGACAAAAUAGUUGUUCAUUUUCACUAUAAGUGCGUACAUUUGGUUUCACCACCUGAAUGUUGUUAUUAUUAUUAUUUUUGUUAUUAUCAUAAUUUGGAAUGUCACAGAAAUUGUGUUCUGAAUUACACACAACUAAAAAGUUUCUCAGAGAUUUCUACAUCUUUUCACAUUGGUGAUCGAUUAUGGACAGAUGUAAUAAACAUUUUUGAUGGCAAGUUGUAAAUACUGUAAACAAUAAAGGUAUGCAAUUGGAUAAUGAGAUGUGUAACUUGCUGAACUUUUGUGGUACAAUGCUGAAUACUGUUUAUAGUAUAAUAAAGCAGUUUGAACAAAA